GUGUGUGUGUGUGUGUACACAUAGAGCCCAUGCGCACUCCGAAGUCUCUGAAGAUUGCAGAGACCGGAUCUCGCUCCAUCUCCGUGGACUGGGAGUCUCUGGGCUACAACAUCACACGCUGCCACACCUUCAACGUCACCAUUUGCUUCCACUACGUCACCCGGGGCAACCGCAGCCAUGGCGACCGCACACAGCAAGGCGACCGCAACCACGGCGACUGCCUGGAGAUGGACCCGAAAGCACCACGCCAUGUGGUACCUGACCUGCCACCCAACACCAACAUCAGCCUGAAAAUGAUCCUCACUAACCCCGAAGGGCGCAAAGAAAGUGAAGAGACGAUCGUCCAGACGCAGGAGGAUGUACCUGGACCGGUUCCCGGCGCCUCUCUGAAAGCUACUCCGUUUGAGGAUCGAAUCUUCCUGCAGUGGAAGGAGCCACUUGAGCCCAACGGAGUCAUUACACAGUAUGAGAUCAGCUACAGCAGUGUGUCCUCGUUUGACCCGUCCGUCCCAUUGCUCCGCCCCCCGCUGAUGGUGUCCUUGCCGUUUAACGCGUCUAAUCACGUGUUCUCUCAGCUCCACCCAGGAACCACCUACCACUUCACCAUCCGAGCACGAACCAGCAAGGGCUUCGGCCCAGCCACCACCAUCAACAUCACCACCAACAUCUCCGCUCCGAUUCUGGAGGAGUACGACGGCACCGAGGCGUUCCUCAACGACACCGCAACCACCAUCACAGUACUGCUCAAACCCGCACAGGCUAAAGGAGCUCCCAUCAGUGCUUACCAGAUCGUGGUGGAGGAGCUGAACCCUCACCGGUCACGCAGAGACGCCGGAACCCUCGAGUGUUUCCAGGUCCCCGUGUCCUACCAGACGGCCUCCGGCUCCGGAUCUCCGUACUACUUUGCGGCGGAACUUCCGCCCGGGAAUCUUCCGGAACCUUCUCCUUUCACGGUGGGAGACAACAAGACGUACCGGGGCUACUGGAACGCUCCGCUCGCUCCACGCAAAAACUACAACAUCUACUUCCAGGCUGUGAGCAGUGUGGAGAAGGAAACGAAGACUCAGUGCCUGAGAUUGGCAACUAAAGGAGCUACAGAGGAGCCGGAAGUGAUUCCCGAUCCGGCUAAACAGACGGACCGCGUGGUGAAAAUCGCCGGGAUUAGCGCCGGAGUGCUGGUGUUCAUCCUGCUGCUGCUUGUGGCCAUUUUACUGGUGAAGAAAAGGAGGACCUACUAUUCUUACUCAUAUUACCUGAAACUGGCUAAGAAGCGCAAGGACGCAGCUGGAAGUGCAAGGCAGGAGAUGACGCACAUGGUGAACGCCAUGGACCGGAGUUACGCCGAGCAGAACACGCUCCACACUGAGGAACCCGUGACCGUCACCUUCAUGGACUCGCACAGCUUCAACAACCGAUUGCCCAACGAUCCUCUUGUGCCUACAGCCGUGCUCGAUGAGAACCAUGCAGCAGCAGAGAACAGCAGGUUGUUGGACGUUCCUCGAUUCCACUGUGAAGGAACCGAAUCUCCGUAUCAGACAGGACAACUUCACCCGGCAAUCCGAGUGGCAGAUUUACUGCAACACAUAAACUUGAUGAAGACGUCCGACAGUUACGGCUUUAAAGAGGAGUACGAGAGUUUCUUUGAGGGUCAGUCGGCUUCAUGGGACGUGGCCAAGAAAGAGCAGAACCGUACAAAAAAUCGCUAUGGCAACAUCAUCGCAUACGAUCAUUCUCGAGUGAUCCUGCAGCCGGUGGAAGACGACCCCUCGUCUGACUACAUCAACGCCAACUACAUAGACGGCUACCAGCGUCCGAGUCACUACAUCGCAACUCAAGGUCCUGUCCAUGAGACGGUGUACGAUUUCUGGAGGAUGAUCUGGCAGGAGCAGUCAGCGUGUAUCGUCAUGGUAACCAACCUGGUGGAGGUGGGACGGGUGAAAUGUUAUAAGUACUGGCCGGACGAUGCGGAAGUGUACGGAGACUUUAAGGUGACGUUUGUGGAGGUGGAGCCGCUGGCGGAGUACGUAGUGCGCACUUUCACUCUGGAACGGAGGGGUUUUAAUGAAGUACGCGAGGUGAAGCAGUUCCACUUCACUGGCUGGCCCGAUCACGGAGUUCCGUAUCACGCUACGGGACUGCUGUCCUUCAUCCGCCGCAUCAAAAUGUCCAACCCUCCGACUGCAGGACCCAUCGUAGUGCACUGCAGUGCGGGGGCGGGUCGAACAGGAUGUUACAUUGUGAUUGACAUCAUGUUGGACAUGGCGGAGCGCGAGGGCGUGGUGGACAUUUACAACUGUGUUAAAGCGCUCCGGUCACGACGCAUCAACAUGGUGCAGACCGAGGAGCAGUACAUCUUCAUCCAUGACGCCAUCUUGGAGGCGUGUCUGUGUGGAGACACCGCAAUCCCGGUGUGCGAGUUUAAAGCUGCGUAUUACGACAUGAUCCGCAUCGACUCACAGAGUAACUCCUCCCACCUGAAAGACGAGUUCCAGACGCUGAACUCAGUGACCCCUCAGCCCCAGCCUGAGGACUGCAGCAUCGCUCUCCUGCCGCGGAACCACGAGAAGAACCGCUUCAUGUCCAACCUGCCGCCUGACCGCUGUCUGCCCUUCCUCAUCACCAUCGACGGAGAGAGCAGCAACUACAUCAACGCUGCACUCAUGGACAGCUACAGGCAACCGGCGGCGUUCAUCGUCACUCAGCACCCUCUCCCCAACACGAUAAAGGAUUUCUGGAGGUUGGUGUAUGAUUACGGAUGCACCUCCGUCGUCAUGCUGAACGAGAUCGACCUCGCUCAGGGCUGUCCUCAGUACUGGCCUGAAGAGGGAAUGCUGCGUUACGGCCCUGUGCAGGUGGAGAGAGUUUCCUGCUCUAUGGACUGUGAUGUCAUCAGCCGCCUCUUCAGGAUAUGUAACCUGACCCGACCACAGGAGGGCUACCUUAUGGUCCGUCAUUUCCAGUACCUGGGGUGGGCGGGGCUUAGAGAAGUCCCUGCCUCCAAGCGCUCGUUCCUGAAGCUGAUCCUGCAGGUGGACAAAUGGCAGGAGGAGUGUGAGGAGGGAGAGGGGCGCACGGUCGUACACUGCCUGAAUGGCGGGGGUCGCAGCGGUGUUUUCUCGGCCAUCACUAUCGUGUGUGAGAUGAUCAAGAGGCAGAAUGUUGUGGACGUGUUUCACGCUGUGAAGAGUCUGAGGAACAGCAAACCCAACAUGGUGGACACACCGGAGCAGUACCGGUUCUGUUAUGACGUAGCGCUGGAGUACAUCGAAAACUCAUAAUGGAGACGUGAAGAAGGAGCCAUCUGUCCAUCCAGAACAAAUUUCUCGCACACUCGUCUUUCCCGUCAUCAUAAGUUUGUCGUUCCUGCUCGUCUGACGUGUAAAAGUUGGGAAGUCUGCGGAUGGAAAUGAUAAAUAUCGAUAAAUGUGGUACAUACUGUUUAGCAAACAGUGUUAUCUAGCUCGCUUUCUAAAAAGUGUGGGACGUGAUGGAACUAUUCACACUUUUAUUUUACAUUUUUAAACUUUUUUUUUGGUAAACACAAAGGCCAAUCUGUUGCAUGCAAAACUUUUUUUUUGUUUAAUUUCUCUCCAUCGUUCUCACUGUUACUGUCGAUGAACCAUGUAUAUGAUUAUAUCUGAUGUAUACGUAUAUGAUAUCCAUCGUUGUGUUAAAAAAAAAAAAAAAGAAGAGUAAAAUCUCAAAUGCAGCGUGUGACAUUGGCUUUGUAUUGUGCACUAAUGGCUGGCUUAUGGAUUAUUAUUGUCUUUAUUUUUAUCGUUUUUGUAGCAGAAUUAUAAUCGUAAGCCAAAGACGAGUGUAAAUAUGUCUAUAAAGCACAUUCUUUGUAUUUAUUUUUUUCCCCCUGAAGGCUCAAAACAAUCGUCAUUCCUGCCUGUUUACCUUGUAAACAUUUUAUUGUGAAUUUUUUUCUAUCAUCAUCAUAAUUAUUUCACUAGUGUUAUUUAGACUGUAGGCAUGUGAUGAUAAAUCUGCUGAGUGAUAUUCUGCGGUAGUAAUUGCUUAUUAAAAUGCUGUUUACAUCCAUUUAUAAAAGGUAAAUUACUGCCAUUUGGAUUUUGUUAAUUUGGCAUUUUUAUGCUUUAUUUUGAAGUUGUACAUCGAAUUUUGGAUUUAAUCUAAUUAGAUUCUGCUGCUUGGCCCAAAUGUAUAUUUUUAAAAAUGGAUAAAUUCGUGAGCAAUCUUUUUUUUUUUAUUUAAGAUUGUGCAACUAUACUUAACUUAAAGCUUUUUAAAAAAUUAACUUUGACAAAAUUCAAAUCAGUUAAAAUGAAACUCUCUAAUCAGUUAAAGGUAAUUAUCCCAUAAUUCCUUGUGGUUUAGUAAUAAAACGGUAAAUAAUUUAUCCUCACAUGCCUAAUGUUACAGUUAAUUUUGUAAAAAAAAAAACAAUUUUUUUUUUUUUUAUCAUUUGUUUCUUUACCUUUUCAAAUUUUUACCUGCAUUUUUGUGUACACAUGAUUGUGAACUGUAUCUUUUACUGAAGCGAUAUCGAGGAGAAGAACUUUAUUUUACAGACUUUUGCGGAGAACUCGAUUGCUAACGUACGAGUGUUUUACACUAAAUAUCCACAGUGUUUAACGCCAGUGUGUGUAAAGGAAGGAAACCUCAGCCAGACGCCACCAUGUUGGACUUUUACGUGGCCAGGGAGAAUUAAAAGGAAGAAAAAAAACAAAAACGAUCAAUCGCGUCAUCUCGUCACGCAUCAUCUUUGUUCUGUCUGUAGUUGUUGGCUUAAUGGCUGUAAUGAAACUAGUGAAAAUCCUUUUAAUAAAAAAAUGAGAUAAUG